AUGGUCGACACUGAAGAUCAUACAAAAAGCCCCGCCGAGUCAGCUGCAGGUGAUGAUGCCGGUCAUUCAGGCGCAGCUAAAGGUGCCGCGGUGAAGGAUAAGGAGUGUCAAUAUUGUCAUCAAGCUUUCACAUCAUCCUCGCUCGGACGACAUCUCGAUCAAUACCUUUUCAAAAAGAAACCCGAUGGGAUCCAUGACGUCGAGGAAAUUCGUCGAAUUCGCAGUAGUAUAACCCGGCGACAGGCGCGUACCUCAACCAAACACGAUAGCCCGGAUGUGGGCUCGCACAAAAGUCAGAACGAGUCUCCAAGUGCCACCACUCAUGACCCUCCAGCACGUCCACGAGAAGGCCCACGAUUUCUUUUCAAUACACCUUCAUGGCAUGCUACAGGCGUAAUUAACAACCUUCCUGAAAGUACUUCGCAAGACGUAGCCCAUUCUUCGCGCGCUCCCGUGUCUCAUUCGCCUGGUUCGUUGGACUAUGCGAGUCGCAACUCGAAAACUAAAGAUGCAGAUACUGUCCGAGCUCUGGAAUUGGCCUUGCAGGAAGUUCUAGACAAUAUCAAAGCUGCAACAGCCACAACCCGACCUCGACUGUCACCUUUUGAUUUCGAUGUCCAGGCCGAGACAUUUCCCGCACUCAUUCUCAAGCUACUCCCUCCUCCUCCAACGCUCUUUUCAUCUCAACCCUUUUCGACUGGCACGUCAUUUCCGCUAGAGCCUCCUAAUGCGGGUCAACUCGAUCUAGUCCGUCAUGCUCUCAAAGCGCAUAUUGAGAAAUGGCACAAUGAACAACUGGCGCUGUCAAACGCGAAACAGACCGGUAGUCGAACGAAGAACAAUCAUGCCAAUGAUCCCCAAAUGAUCAAUGCAGCAGCUCAGCAACACGACGAGAUCAGUUCGCGUCAUGUCGACUUGGCGUAUCAAAACUGGAUGGUACUAUCUCCCGAAAAUAAAAAGCACACAUGGCAGUUGGAACUUACACGAGCAUUUGUGCGCGAGUCAGAGAAACGGAAAGAUCUCGAAGCACAACUCAACAGAGUACAACAAGAAGCAGAAAAAUUUCGAGAGCAGAAUGAAAGGCUGGCUUCCUGCCAAUGGCCGCGAGAGUUUGCGCUGUUUCCACCAGAUACACUACCAUUACCGCGAGAAGCAGCUCGUGAACUUCACGCUAUGGAUAAGAGCUAUACUAGCCCCGACUCUUCUCGGUGGGAUUAUGACCAGCUAGUCGCGAAAUGGAAGCGUGUGGUUAUGCACGACAAAAGUAUGGGACGAGUAGGAGCACCCGCUUAUAGAGGCCUUGAGGAUCCACCCCCAGAAUCUACCAUACGCCCAAAACUGAAUCCCCCAAACUCUGAAAGUCACGCCGAAUUUCCCUCAUUUGGAUAUGUGGCAACAGCGACUAGUUCAGCCAAUAAUUCCGGUCAACAGACAUCCCCUUACGACGCUGCUCCGCAUCAAAGCACAUACAGUACUCACCAACCACUAAAACGGCAACGACUAAUGAAUGGCACAAGCAAAGAUGUCGGUACCGCUUCAGGGGAUAAUCAUUACAAAACCAGUCCACAACUCGCGAAUGGGAAUGGCACGGGAUGGAGUCCGGCUUCUGUGCAGUCACUUUUGGCCUCGAGCAAUCCGCCUUCCAGUUCAGUUCCUGCAAAUACUAAUCGAUAUGGACCUCCUUAA